AUGGCUGCAGCACCGACGAAGCAGGCUCUCACCGAGCUGUUCAACGCUACAAUGCGCACCUCGCGGGAGUUCAGCUCGUACAACUUCCGCAACUACUUCAUCCGUCGGACGAAGAGUACAUUCCAGGAGAUCGAGAAUGAGUCUGACCCCGCAAAGCUGUCUGCAUUUUACAACGAGAGGUCGAAGGAGCUCGCGACGCUGAAGCGUAGUGCCAUCGUCAACCAGCUCUACGGUGGUUGGCAACUCGUAGUGGAGAAGCAGAACGAGCAGAGGCAAAGGAGUGACAAUUGA